AUGGUCCUCUGGGGAAGAAAAUCAUCUGGAUAUUGGGGAACUGGCAAGGGGCGAUACAACCCAGGAAUUGAGAGACCAAAGAUAUCUCCAGUGCCAGCUCCACCCCUUGGGAAUAUCCUUGCAACUAUUCAGCAUGAUGAUCUUGAUGACUCUAGAGAUGAAGAUCUCAGCUCAACUCGAAUCACCGAGGCUAAAUACCUGGCUUCCUAUAACUGGCUCAAUGAAGGACAUCGGAUCAUAGUGCCAGGUGAACCCCCAAAAUGGACGCCUCUCUCCGAGCCUACUGAGCUACGACAAGACUCCGAUGAAUAUUAUCGGGAUUUGAACACUGCACGACAUCCUUCCUAUCCACUUGAGCCAAUGGUCCAAGCCAUUAUACUCGAGAAACCAGAUUUCUCUCUGCGAGAUGUGGAUAUCAUUGCUUGUGGAGCUACGAUGAACAAUUUACUGCGUUUCGCGCGUCAUCAAGAUGCGCCUUUCCGCAUGCUUGUCGAGGUCGUCGGCGACACAGUCUUCUUCGUCAGGAGACUUAAUUCGCCCACUGAAAAGAUCCCCGAAGUUUGGGGGUAUGGACAUACAUUUCCAGAUGCAUACACCACCUGGAGUCAGGAAUCUCAGGGCUCGCAGUCCCACCAGCGGAUCAUGAGUUACAAACUCGCCGGUAUGAGCUGCUUGGUGCGUUACGAGGCCGAUGGCUUCCUACCCGACCUGGUACCCAAAGACUUGGUAUCCCAAGAAGAUGAUGCCCAUGAAGAUAGCAACUCAAUCGAAGACCUUCAGUCAGCUAUGCAGGGGGCGACAAUCUCGAGUAUGGCGCCAACCACGACGGGCGCCGAAUCAAGCAAUAUCGAGAUCCUGAAGAAAGGACACCAUAUCCCGCAAUGUGGUAUUUUUGACUUGAAGACGCGAUCCAUCAAAAAGAGGGAUUUCGACAUCCUCGAGGCGGAGAUCCCUCGCCUGUGGAUCAGACAAGUUCCGAAUUUCAUUGUCGCAUACCACUUGCGAGGAACAUUCAAUGACAUUCAGGUUCAAGACGUGACUAAGGACCUGAAGGACUGGGAAGAUUCCCAGCAGCCAGCUUUGAUGAGGUUCGCCAACCUACUGCAUAUGAUUGUUGCCUUUGCUCGUAGUGCAGUGGAGGGAAGGAUUGAAAUUGAGCAUGAGGAAGGUGGAGAUGUGUUGAAUCUGAGGGAACAAGUUGGAAUAGUCAACAAGGUCUUACCACCUGCUCUUUUGGGGAAGUGGGAAGACUAG